CACUCUUGAAAAUGACACUGCCUACUCCUAGACACUGCGUGCUGGCCAUGCACAUGGUGUCAUCCAAAUUCCGCCAACUGCUUGCCACCCCCGAGCAGCAGGCUAAGUUCCUGGUGUCAUUCCGACCACGCGACAACACAGAUGACUUCAAGGCACAUAAACACGAGUGGACCAAGUUGCAAGCUGAGUCGCUAGGCAUGCAGCUGGUGACAAAGUAUAUUGGCGCAGAGCCGACUUUUGAAGAAAGCUACCGACGCGGGAUUCGCGAACUGCACGAAGAGUAUGGCGUCAGUGCACUGCCUGUGCAGGACACCAAUGUGGAGCUGGUGCGCCCGCUGUGGAAGAAGCCGCGCGAGGAGAUCCUCAGCCUGCUGCAGCUCUUUGGGAUUAGCUAUAUAAGCGGACUGCUUGGACACAUCAUCACCCACGAAUUCCUUUUAGAGCAGUUUGCGUGGUACGACAGCCACCACGAGCCACUUGACCUGCUGCAUACUGUGGACCUGGCUGGCGAGUAUGGCGAAAUGCACUCGAUGGUGCGCGACUGUCCGCUAUUCUCCGUGACUAUCGAGUGUGAGGGCACUGAGAACAAGGUGCAUGAGACAAAGUACGGCUCGUACAUGUACAUUGAGCCCGGAACGCUCAAACGUGUUUCCAAGUGACUUUUUAUUUUAUUUUCCAGCAAGACUUUUGAUACGCAUCUGCUGCAUGCUGAAAAUCGCCUUUCUCGCAAAGAUAUUCGCAAUAAAGUGGGUGUCAUGAUAA